ACGUGGGUACUGUGCAAUAUUUAACUUUUACAAACAGUAACAAUUUGGAUCUUGUCUUAUUAGGCACUUCUCAUUAUUUAUCUAUGAAUGUCUUCGAUUUUAAAUUGAGUACAACAUCCAUUAACUAAUAUAUGAUUCUAUUCUAUUGUAUACAAUAUUAUAAUUUGCAUUUAAAAAAUUAUAAUGACAUCUAUCACAGUUGAACUUACAAAAGUAGAAGGUGGAAAUAUUGUAAGACAUCCACCGUUGUUUUCAAUUAAUGGAAGGUUAGUAAACACAUUAUUGAAGUAAAAGUUAUGCUACUUAUUCCGGUUGAGAUAUUACUCUUGAGGUAAAAAAAAAAAUCAAAGUAUCGAAAAACCAUCCAUAUAUUUUCCAUUCCCUUUGUCUUAUUAACGAUCUAGUCAUAUUUUUAUUUUCUAAUUUACUCAAAAAUAUCCUUGAUUUUAACACUAAUGUCAUUAAAAAGUUUUAAAAAAUUUAAAAAUCGAAAUUAUACUUAUAGAAAUCUUCUGCAGAAUUUUAUGUUACUAUUAAGUUUACUUUUGAUUCUCGAGAGUCAAAUAGCGUUUGUGAAUAAUACAAUUUUUCCAAGUCUAUGAACACGCACUUCUAUGUAAACCAGUCAUAGAUGGGAAAAUCAAAAAUUUAACUGUGGGACAUUAGUUCAACAGGGCGUAUGGAAAGUAUAUGUAUUUGGCAUUUUUUGAUAAUUUGACUUUUUUUUUAUUAUCUUUCAGUUUUAUUGUAAAACAAUUUAAAUCAAAUUUAUUAUUGAUUGAAUAUUGAAAUUGGGUUUGAUUUAUACAUUUUUACUAUUAAUAUUUUAGUUUAUUAUAUAUAAGAAAGUAUAACAAUAGUAAUUCAUUAUAGGUAUUUGAAGCUAUAAAAUAUGACUGUUUAUUAAAUUUUUUUUUUUAAUAUUAACUAUAGAUUCAUCUAUGUGGGCUGUGGAUCAGAUAUUAAUUGUUUUAGUGUUGACUCUGGAAAGUUAGUUGCCAAUUAUAUUGGUGAUGGCAAUUUUGGCCAAAUUGUUAACUUAUGUUUUCACCCCUCUGAUGAUAAAGUGUUAAUUGCUAUUCAUUUGAAUGGUGUUAUAGUUUUUUGGAAAUUGAUUGGAACCCAAGCCGCCAAAAUUUUGAAACAUCAAGUAAUAUUAUUUAAGUUUAUUAUUGGUAGUUAAAAUUGUUUAUGUAUAUAUUUGUCUAUAGGAAUUGGAUUUAAAAAAAUGUCAUAUAAUAAAUGGAAAAUGCUUAGCAAAACAACAUUGUUCUUAUAAUGUAGAUUGUAUUUUUGUUUCAUAUAAAUUACAAGCAACUGAUAAUGACGAUAUUAUUAUUGGUUUAUUUUCAUUAGAAAAUGGGACAGUCUUACACAAAUUUAAUGAAAUGUAAUUUUUUAAAUAAUUUUACAUAUAUAUUUUAUGUUACUAUUCUUACUUAUUUAUAAAAUAUCAUUUAGAUUUGAAAAUUUGCCACAUAUUUGGUCAUUUGGAGGUUUUGAAGAAGUUCCCUAUUUUGCAGCUGCUAAUAAAAAUAUUAUACAUAUUUAUGAUUUAUUAAAUUAUAAAAAAAAUAAGUAUGUUUUUUAAAAUAUUUUAAUGAAUUUGUAUUUAAAUAAUUGUAAAUGUAAAAUUGUUUUAAUAGAAUAAGAUUGGGAUCUGAUAGAACAGUAACUGUUGUUCAAUGUCAUCCUAAUUGUAAUAUUUUAUCAAUUGGAGAUAAUACAGGAAGAAUUGUAUUAUAUUACAAUGUAAUGCAUAAAAGUACAAGAUCUCAAACAGUUUAUCAUUGGCAUACUCUUCCUGUGAAUGACGUUGUAUUUACAAAUAGCGGUAAGACCUUCAAAAUUUGCCUUACAAUGUUUAGUAAUAUAAUUUUGUUUAUUUUAGGUAAUCAUUUUUAUAGUGGUGGUGGGGAAAAUGUAUUGGUAAAAUGGUUUGUUGAAAAUAUAGAAACUAGACAUUUUUUACCUAGACUGCCAGCCAACAUUCUUCAUAUAUCUGUUACAGAAGAUAAUCAAUAUAUAGCUGUUUCUACACAAGAUAAUGGUAAAAUAUUGAUAUAAAUGUAAUAGAUGAUGCUUGUAAUCUUUUAACAGUGUUUAUGAAAAUUUAAGCCAAAUUGAUUUCAAUUAUUUUAAAAUUAUUUAUGUAUAUUGUUUAAAAAUUAUCAUCUCUAUUCUGUGUUUAAAUACCUUAGUCUUGUAUUAAUUCGAAUAGACAUGAUUUGUAUUAAAAUUUUUAUUGGCAUAUAAGUAAAAUUUUGAUAGAGACAGUUUUUUGAACAUUUAUUAAUUGAAUAGUAUCCAAGAUGGUGUUUUAUCUGAAUGGGGUAAAAGGAAGUGUGAUAUGUUUUGAGAAGACCAGAAAAGUAAAAUGUGUAGACCAUGAAUAAAAUUAGAAACAAAAAUGAUUGGUAAUGUUUACAGUAUGUAGAUAAUUGCUGGUCUGUGAUGAAAGAAUCAUUCUGAUAUUAAUUUUGUAAUAAAAAUAUAUUAAAUAUUAAUGUAUAUUAGUUAUAAUUAUUUAAUAUGUAAUUCUUUUAGGGAUAUUAAUAGUGAACUCUCAAAACCGGAUACAUUCUACCAUACAGAAAUUUACUUGGGGAGUGCAUGCAUCGACAGUAAAUAUUCAUCAAUUAAUAUUUAUACAAUUGUAUUAUAAAAAUAUUUAUUAAUUAUAGGAAAAAGAAUUUGAAAAAGGUUUUCCAGCAGGUGUUGCAUUUGAUAGUCGUUCAAGAUCUCUUGUAACAAAUGGGUGGCCUGGGCAUAUUCAGUUUUUUUCUCUUGACCAAUCACAAUUAUCGUUCAAUGUUAGUUUCACAAUUUUUUUGUGGUUAUUAGGAAAAAUUAAUCAAAUUUGGGUAUAUUUUUAGCUGGAUAUCGUUUGUCAAAAUUAUAUAACUCAAACAAGGGAUCAAAGUGCUUUUAAUGCUGAUGUUUGUUUACUUGCAAUAAGUGAUGAUAGUACAUGGUUAGCAACUGUUGAACGAAGACCAACUGAUGAAAAUUUUAUUGCUGAUGAUGUUCUUAAAUUCUGGUCUUUUAAUGAAAAAUUACAAAGGUAAGCAUUUUCAUUUUAAUUUGUAAUUUAGAUUAAUAAGUAAAAUAAUUUCAUUUUUUAGCUACUCGCUGAAUACAUACACAAGUUCUGUAGAUAGAAUUACAAAAGUACUUUUUCGUCCAUCAGUUGAUUCUGAUGGUUUGCAUAUGGCUGCUACGUUGCAUGAAGAUGUUUUUAAACUAUGGUCUCCAUAUAAUUUAUCGGAAAAUAUUAAAAGUAAAUACUAUGAAUUUACUUUGUAUGCUAUGAGAGACAUCAGGUGCCUAUGACAUAAUAAUCGAUAAUAUACAGUGGAGACCGUUUAUAAAUUAUAAGAUCCUUGGAUAUAAUGUUUAGUCGCUUAGAAGUUUCAAAAUUGCUUGGAACAUUCCGGAUUUAUUCAAAUAUUUUUAAAAAAAGUCAGUUAUAAGAUUCAAAUUAAGCAAAAAAAAAAAAUAGUAGAAAGUGUUCACUUUUGAGGAAAUUUUAAAAAGUUUUUUAUGUUGUAGUGAUUUCAAUUUACAUCUUAUCAAAAUUAUUGUUAAUUUAGUGUAAGAUACAAAUACACUCCCGAUUAACUAGCCCAGUUACUGGAUCAUAAUUGAUAUUGUUUUAGUCGUAGUAAAAUCAUUUGUCAUUUGAGUUUCAACAUGCCAUAAUUUCAACUAACAACACAUUGUUUAAUAAAUAAUAUUUAAUAUGUAAAACUCAAAUAUUAAAUAAUACCUAAUAUGCAAUAUGUUAAAGUAAAAAUGUAGUUAAUGAAAGUAACAAAAUAAAGUUUCUUUCCCCGCUUCGCCUACAAGGUUCAUUCAGUUAUAAAAUUCACUUUGGGACCAGUGCAAAGGGAAUCUUAUAAGCGGCAUCCACUAUUAUUAUAGUUGACAAUAAUGUCAGUUAUGUUAUUGUUGUUUUAUGUUAACAUGAAAACCUGUGUCAUUUAUUACGUCUAUUCUCGUUCUCAGGGAAAAUCUUAUAACUCAUUGGUAAAUUUUGGGAAAAAUAAUUUUUUUAGCUUGUUUGUAAUCCAUUCAUUAUUAAAUAAUGAAAAAUUUUAAUUAUCAACAAAACAUUAAUUCUGGAUCUUAAGGGUUAGAUAUAAAUACUGAAACUUUGUAUUUCACUAAGUUAUUGAUGAAUUUAUAAUUUGUAAUAUUUAGGUCCAAUUAAAUCUUGGCAACAUGAGUAUACAAGUAAGCAUUUUCAUAAUCAACCAUUAAAUGCGAUUAGUUUUUCUGAAGAUGGUUGUAUAUUGGCUGCAGCUUUUGGUCCCAGUAUAAUUCUAAAAGUUUUAGACGAUUCAGAUGAUUUCAAAACUAGUCUAACUCACGGAUUUGAUCAUAUUAGGUAAAUCUAUUUAAUUUAAUAUUUUAAGUCUUAAAUAAUGACAAAAAAAAUUAUAUAUUUCCAUUGCCCAAAAUACUUAAUAUUUUACUAGGGUUGCAGGGUUCUCAACCGAGGUUAUAUGGGCUCAGUGUAGAAGUGACAUAAAUCCUCGGAAAAAAGAUUAAAAUAAAAAAAGGAGAAUUUUUACUUUUUCAAACAAUAUCUUAUCUUUGCUAUCACCGUCAUAUAUUAGCUACAAAAACUGUUGAAAUUUGUUGAAAUAACAUAAUUAUCCUUCCAAUCACUUUUCAAAUAUACCGCAGCUGCUAUUAAAUUUAUUUACACUAAACGGGCAAACCACAAAUUUCUUAUCUUUAAACUAUUUCUGUUUAAUAUUUUUAUUUUUUUUUUCGUUAAUAACUUCAUAGUUUUCUUUUUAAAAUCUACAGUUAAAAUUACUUAAAACUUAUUAUUUGAACGCAUUAUGCAUAUUUUGAUGGUAGGGUAUCAAGUAUUAAACUAUCAUGGAUAAGGGUGACAUGAAUCAAUAAAGAUUGAGAACCAUUGCUAUAGUGGGAUAAUUACAAACUCUUUACAAGCAUAUUAAUUAUUAUUUCAAUUAAUUAUUAAUGUUUAGACUACUGCAGUUUGGUAAAAACACAAGCAGCUGGAUGCUUGUAGCUGCAUCAAGUAUGAGACUUUUAAUAUGGAAUGUACUUAGUGAGACGUUACUUACAACUAUUUGGGUUCAAGUUGAAAGAUUAAUUGCUGAUCCAAUGUCAGAGUUUAUGGCAGUUUUCACUCCUAAUAAUGAUGGUAAGUACUUCCAUAUAAUAUUAUAAUAUUUGGUAUCAAGUUUCAAAUAAUAAUAAUUUAUUUUUAGUAUUUGUAUUCACUCCUAAUGAUAAAAAUAUAAUCUAUAAAAAGGAAAAUAUUUUUGGAAAAAAUAAUAAAAAUACUUCUAUAUUGUGGGCAAUAUUUGCCCCAAAUUUAGACUGUCAUAAUGGGCAAAGUUCAUCUUGGUUAGAUAAUUCUACACUUUAUAUGUUGACCAACCAACAAGUAAUAAUUUGUAUUAUACAUUUUAGAAUUAAUAAAUUUAUUAAUGGUUUUUAAAAAUAUUAGGAACUUAUAAAAUUUAAUAAGACUGACACUCUCCAGAAUAUGAUUGAAGCAUUUGUAGAUAACAGUUUUACCAAUUUAACACCACUUGGGCGUAUUAUAUCAAAUAAUGAAAUUUGCCAUAAUACCCAAACCAUCAAAAAAUUGCCAGAAUUUGAAACAUUCAUUGAUGAAGAUAAAUCAGCUUUUGAGGUAAUCUAUAUUUCUUUUUAAUUUGUAUAAUUUAAUAAUUUUUAUCUUUUUAUAGAUACUUGAGGAACCAGCAUAUCUGAUGUUUCCACUGGAGUCACAACUUGAACGUAUUUUACUUGCAUGCUUAAAAACAUGAGUAAGUUGUAUCAAGCAAAUGUACAUUUUAUUCUAAAAAAUCAAUUUCAUUUUAAUGAAGAAAUAGUUAUUUUAUUAAAAUAAACUGUGUUAAAAGUUGUAUUAUUCCCAUUAAUAAUUUGAGUCCUAUAUAAUAUAUAUAUGUAUAUAUGUAAUCAGAUUUAUUAAUUUUAAUUUGUAAGUUAAUUAGCUGUUAAAUUUGGUAUUUUGACGUUGCGCAUACGUAAGAUAAAAUAGUAGAUUAUUUCCAAAAAGCUUAGAAUACUUGCUCCAACAAAUAAUGCAACUGAACCUCCUAAUGAAACUGUAAAAAUGAUUUAACAUGGAUGUUAAUUUUAAAAUUAUAUGAUAUAAAAACAUUUACCUAAAACAUCUAAUCGUCCUCUAACAACAUUACGCUUAAGUCGUUCUUCUGGUAGUCGAUACAUCAUUAGUUUUAUUAUUGAUUCAUUUUCAUUUGCUCUACAAAAUGAAAAACUAUAUUUGUAUUGAAUUAUAUUACAAUAAAAAACAGUAGCUUACAAAUUAAAUGUUUCCGUUGUCAUAACAUCUAUUUCAGCUUCAAUACAGGAGACUAAACAUUCACAUUCUAAUCCAGGUUGCUUACUUUUUUUAUUUUUUAACACUGAUAGUUCAGUAUAAUGUGCAUUUAAACAUAUAAGUCCAUUUAUGUCACAAUGUUCUGAUAUUUCUAUAUAGAUAUACUUAUUGUUAAAUUAAUGGUAUUUUUUAUGGUUAUAGGAAUACAUACUACUAUUAGGCAUUAAAUGAGAAGUACAAUUACACAUCUUCAACUGUUUUUGACGCCGACAGUUAACUAUACAAGAACUAUAACUGUAUUUUGAGCUAACAUCUAGAUAAUUUUCCCAAGGGAAUCUGCAUCUAAAUUGUGUACAAAUGUAUUUACAAAUAUAUAUAUAUAUAUGUAUUCAAACAAUUAUGAAGUUUUAUCGAAUUAUGAUACAUAAUUGUAUUUUUUUAUAAAAUAAAAAUAGUAUUAAACUUUAAA